AAGAUAAAUACCCAACGGUUCCACUAAUCACUACAUCCACCUCCCACUUCUCCAGCACCAUUCCAGCUACAAACUCCCCAACUCCAAAUAUCCCCCCUCAACCCCACCCACCACCCAAAACCCCCUACACCCCAAACAAAACUCAACCACAAUGCCCCUCUUCACCCGCAAAGCCCCCCGUUCUCCCCCACCACCCCCUUCUCCCCAGCGCAAAUCCCUCUUCGCCUCCCGCCACCGCUCAAACGACUCCAACACUACCACUACCACCCACAGCACAACAACCACCGCCUCGCCCUCCUCCCCAAGCACAACCAGCCGCGUAAGCAACCUCCUGCACCGCGACCGCCACGAAGACAAAAGCAUCGCCGCCGCCCGCCACCGCGUCUUCGAGGCCGAGCGCGCGGAGAAGGAGGCUGAUCGGGCACUGUUGGCUGCGCGGGCGGCGGUGCGGAGUGCGCGCGAGGAGGUGCGGAGGUUGGAGGGGGAGGCUGCUGAGGAGUGAGUCUUUUCUUCUUUGGUUCUUUUUUUUUCUCCUUGGGGCGGGAUGUGUGGAGCGAUGGAGGUUCGUUGAGGAUGUGAUGGGAUUGCUGACAGUAUGUGGUGUGGCAGGGCGAGACUUGCGCGGAUUAAGCAGCAGCAAGCGGCGAAUAUAUCGAGGCGGGCGAGGCCGCUUGG